AUGGCCUCAAAAACGACGUACGAGCCUCUGCUCGUAACACUCACCUUCACACCGGGCGGCUUCCAGCAGACCAAGAUCCUCUCUAUGGCACCGCAGACAACCCCCUUCACACCAUCCAACGACCUCUGCUCUCCCGUCGACAUUCGCUGCCUCGUGGGCAAGAUGGAAGAUCUCACGGGGGACGUUGAGUGUCUGCGAGACCAAGUCGUGGCCGAGACCACAGCCAGCCUGCCAACGCAAUGCUUUCCCGAGAGUUACGCCGCAAUCUGGCGACCAUCCGGGAAUACAUUCAACGACAAAUUAGGCGACGUCGCAAGCGUAGCCUACCCAGGCACAGCCUGCAUCUCCGGCUGGACGACAGCGUGCGAGACAACCCUGACCCUCGAGAGCGCGCAGACGUACACCCAGACGUGGUGCUGCCCGAGCUCGUACACCUGCCUCGUGCCCACGCCGGGCGGGACGCCCUACCGGGACUGCGUCAGUCUCCUGAGCACGAACACGGAGAUCUGGAUCAACAAUAUCGCGACGAGCGGCGGGCGGGAGUCGACGCUCUGGAGCUCGUGGAGGAAAAUCUCCCUCACCGGUCUCCCCAGUGUUGCCGGGGGACCCCUCUCGGUCAAACACCCCGUCUUUCCGCUCUACGGUCGUGUUCCCUCCUCCCAGGCCUCUGGUGUUGCUGGAGGGGCAGGUCUUUCGGCUGGUGCUAUUGCGGGGAUCGCGGUUGGAGCGGUGGUGCUGGUUCUCUUGCUACUUGGUACCGGGUUACUCAUAUGCCUUCGGAAGAGGAAGCAAAAGAGGGCUGCGGCCGUCAUUGCCGCGCAGAAUGAGGGGAAUACGGGCAAUGAAGGAUAUGGGCAGAAAGGGUUUGGGUACGAUGCGAAGCAAGAGUUGCCCGGUCACGGAACAGAGAUGACGGAAGUCGACGCUGCCACGCCGCCUCCCGUUGAGCUUUCGGCUUAUACAAGAGCUGCGGAAGUGGAGGGUAGCCGCCCUGCUGAACUGUCGUGA